AUGAUAAAUUCUGAAAAUGAGUUUAAUAAAAAUAUAAUUAUGAAACGCAGUGACUGCUGUUGCUUAUGGACACUGAUCAUAUCAUCAGUGUUUUUUGCUUUAGGAUGCUUACUUUAUUUCCCUAUAGAGUAUGAAGUUUAUUAUCCUUUUUUCAAUCAUGAUUGAAAAAGCACAAAAUGCAUGAUAAACAGUCUCCAAAGAUAUCAAAUCCUUAUGUCAGUUGACAAGGCUGGUAACAAACAUUAUACUUAUUACACUUUAUUUGAUGUCAGAGUCAAUAUUAAUGGGAAGUGGCUUCAAGGUUUUGCGUGUGGAUCUCCAGAUGCAACUAUUGGAUCAUCUGCAGUCACAGCUUUAAACCGAGAGUAUCCGUAUAAGUAUUCUAUCUGCCAUUCAGACAAAGAAUGUGGAAAUAUGCUUAUAAUGCCAGUCUGGUUUUGUAAUGAAUGCAAAAAUUGCCAAAAAGAGUUUAAUGAUGAAACUAGAGACUGUAAAUGAUUUUUGAAAAAUGGAAAUAAUGUGAUAAAUGAUGUAGAUGAGAUUCCUGUUGGGUAUAAACUUGAUUACCCCACUCAAGAUUCUACUUUUAUUCAAGUCAUAUUUAUGGAUUCGCCGUAUUAUUAUGAAACUGACUAUUUGGCACUGCAAUAUAUCUGCUUGUAUUUGAUGAUUUAUGUUCCAUCAGGGUUCAUCACAUUAUCUCUAUUUUAUUUUAUAAUAAAUCGAAUAAGAAGGAAAUGUUAA